AUGGCUCAGGUUGCAGUAGCCGCCCCUGUCUCUUUACCUCCGUCUCUGGAUCAUGCUUCUACUCGCGUAGACACGUCCACGCCGGUUCAAAAGACCGAUAUCCAGGUCGAGCAGCUCGCAUCCCAGGAACAGGCUACCGAGGCCCUCGCCAAGCCUAACCUUGACCCUCACAUCUUGCCGUCCUUUGAGACGCGCGCCACGUCCCCCAUCCUCUAUCUGCCUCCCCUCCUCUCGUCACUUCCCGUAGGCGUCGGGCACGCUCAGCACCCCACAACUUCGCCGGCGUUCUCAUCCCCCAGCGUGCCUCGCCCGCUGUCGACGGAGUCGCGCCUUCCCUCCAUCGACCCGGCGUCCCUAGCGCUGCACCGCGCCUUGCACCACUUCCGCCCGACGACGGAGGAGUAUGCCAAAACUCCAUACCCGGAGGCGUUCAACUGGAACGAGCUCGAGCUUCCCCUCGAUGAAGAGCGCGAGUGGUACUGCGUGGUCUUCCGAAGCCGGCGACGCGACGGCAGCGACGGCGGACCGCUCUACGAAGCCGACAAGAAGGCACACGAGGAGGCCGUCCAGAACGGCGGUCUAAUCCUCUACUGGUACGGCACGCCGCACCCCGAAACUGGGUUGAACCUCGCGACGUGCAUCUGGCAGUCGCGCACGCACGCGGCUGCCGCCAACUCGCGUCCGCACCACAUCCGCGCGAUGCGCCUGGCCGCCGCAUCGUACGAGCGCUAUGAGCUCGAGCGCCACCGUUUGCGCAAGGUCAAAGGCGAGGCGCGGCUGCGUGUAGAACCCUACGACGGCGGUGACGUCGGCUGGUGAUCGACGUAGGUACUCGCGCUAUACCCUGGAGAGGUGAUGUUUUCUUGGCUGUCUGUGUAUAUUGUUGUCUCGCUUUCGUUGUCCAUCGUUUUCGGGUGUGUACCAUAUAAUGGUUCUGUCUUUUUAGUAUCUU